AAAUUUCGACAGAAGAAAUAUUGAACUAUUUAUUGGAGUAAAGUUAAUAAUAACCUCAUCUGGUUGAAGUGAGAAUGCUAAAAGUGUUGUACUUCCUUUAAAUGUUGUUUUUCUACCAUUUAUUAUUUCCACUUAAUAUAAUAAUAAUAUUUACAAUAAUAAUUCAUUGAUCGAUCCACUUGAAUCUUCAAAAUACUGUAGAAUUAGAAUUUGAAAAUACAUCACAUACACCUACAUUUUACAGCCUUUCAUGAAUUCAUUGGAAAAUCAAAAAGUAAAUGCAAUAUUAUAUUGAAUGUGGUUCAAACAUCAAGUCAAUGCACCAUAGCGAGAAUGAUGGAUGUACUGUAAUCAUAAUUGUAUACAAUCUAUGGAAUAAUUAUCUGGAAAUGACACGGCGCACAGACCCUCUAUGAUUUUUAAGUACGGUAAGCUGUCAGUGUAAUGAAAAAUACAACAACAGAGCUACUGCCUAUUGCUUUGCCUAGCGUCUCAAAUCCUUCAAGUUGAGUUUGCGAGUUAAUUCACUACUGAAAUACACCUUUCUAUUCUAAAAUGCGAUAUAAUGUGGAAUCUUCCACAAUAGUGCUGUUUUCAAUCAUUAUUGUCAUGUUGGAUAUCCUGCCAAGUACAGUACCUGAAGACACUCAGCAAAGUAGACCACAAAAUGAUAACCCUGAAGUAUCAUUUGAUGAGCUGACAACGAUAUACUACGACAUGAAUGGCAAGCCAGUUCCACUGAUAUCACGAAGUCCCGGCAAUGGUCCAGCUCUGAAGGCUCAAGCUUUGAACUAUGGCUGGCUUCCGUGUUCUUGCCAGGAGUCCAUCUGUGGCUGCUGCGCCCACAUCAAUGUCAACUCAUUCAACUUUCAUCGCGAUGCUUGCAUGAAUUUCACAUACGUGUCCAAGGAUUUUGCAAUCAAUAUGGAUAUGUUACUGGAUGACUACUCUCUCUAUCACAGCACUAUAUCAGGUAAAAAUCCACCUCCAGCCUGCAUACCAGUGACACUGGUACCAGGCCUAUCAUUCUGUCUCCGAUUCCACGACAUGUACCCAUCAUCCAACAACAUGCACAUGUGUGUCAAUUUUGAGACCAACUAUGCAGCGAUUCCGCUACUUGUGCUGCAGUUCCGUUGCUUCAAGAUCGGACAGGACGGUUUCAACCUGGAUCAAAAUGCACCAGCAAAUGAGACAAGUGUCAGCUCUACUUCGACAACGUCAUCCGACGUUCAAAUACCACCUUUGGGAGCUGACAUUUAUGAUGAAGUAAUAGAGGAGAAGAAUAAAAAGAUUGUUCGGGAAGAAUCAAACAAUAAUACUGAGAUUGUAAGGCAAAGUUGAUGAUAGGUACAAUAGAUAGGUUCAACAGGUAUAACAUAAUCACUCAAAACAUGCCUUAGAUAUGGCUUCAGUCAUUGAAUUGGAACUUCAGUCAUACAGAGGAAUAAAUGAGACUCGAAUAUUCUAAGGAACUUUUUAUUACAAAUAUCACAGGCUGGCAAUUUCUAGAACUAAAACAACUCCGGUAAGAGCUUCAUUAUUCUACAUUUAUAAUUAUUAUCCUCCUCCAAAAAUAUUUUCGUCGAUUUUAUUGAUUACUUCGCUACAUCUACUUUUGGACACCUCACAAAGUUUAUUAAGUAAACAAACCUGGUUCAUUAUUAUUCAUUGUUUCUUUUUUGCUAAUUUUAAUUGAAUUUUAUACGUAUUCGAGAAUAUAUUUAUUUUUCUGGUGACAAAA